AUGCACCCGAAGUUCAACCUCAGGGGGAGGUUACCAUUGCUAAGUUUCGAGAGGCUAUUCCAAAUGCUAAACCAAGCGGUGACUAACCAAGUCGGGCAACAAAGGGGAGCUCGACAAGAAGGGGAUGACACAUCUAGGGUUCGAGAAUUCUUGAGUAUGAAUCCCCCAUGUUUUUUUGGUUCAAGCACUACUGAGGAUCCGAAAAACUUUAUGGAAGAGCUGGUGAAGGUGUUUGUGCAAGUUGAAGAGGAGAAGUUAAGGGAAAGAGAGGAGUACAGGAAUAAGAAAUCCAAGACUGAGAAUGACUUUGGGCAGCAGAAAUGUGGUUUGAAUCGACCACAAGGGCAUGCACCAUCAUCUCCUAGUGCACCAGUGCCCAAAACAAAGUGUGGUCAAGAGGGUAACUUCAUGAAAGAGUGCCCUAAGAAUAAGCAAGGUGGUAGGAAUCCAGGCAAUAGAGCUCAAUCUUCACCAGUUGCUCCACUAGACAAGGUCGCACCUAGAGGAGCCACUUGUAGUAUUGGCGAAGGAGCAAACCAUCUUUAUGCAAUCAUUUUUGUCGCCAAGAGAAAAAGAAAUCUCCUUAUGUUGUCACGGUUGUGA